UCCCUUGUAACUACAUGUGGCCUAGUUCGCUGCAGCUACGGUCGCGCGAAUCUCCAGAUUCCGGCGCUGUAGGCCGGUUCAUACUAUGCAGCUUCGAGAAAUUUUGAGUCUUCUGAAGACCCCGUUCCGGUAUUGCAGUUCAUCACCAAGUCAUUGGAGUGCCCCAUGUAAGAAAGUUGCGAGGAAAGGUAAUCCUCGAUACAUCGGGCGCGUCGGAUCGUCAAUUCCAUGUCCAGAAGGGCAGGUCCAUACAGCAAGCAUAUGGACAUCUGCUACCAAGAUAAUAGAGUAUCAAGUCAAGUAUUCAGUGGAUGAGCAGAAUCAGAUAUUGGAGAAGAUUAACCAAGGCAAUGAGGGUGAAUUGGCUCAAUAUUCAGUAUCCAAGGGACGGGCAAAGAAUAUUCUCCGUUACCGAAAGAAGCAUGGAAUCCUUCAGAGCAUUGAUGAAAUCCUCGAGGUGGAAGGAUUUGGUGUUCGGGUCAUGGAGAGAUUCUUUGAGAGCAUCUUAAAGCGAGAUAUUUCUGCAGAAGGAGAGAAUCAUCUUCAGUUCUGCUCUCCUAGGCUUGGUCAGGAUGAGAUCAAGGACAUGAAGUCAAUAGUGGGACUGCAGGUGACAGUGGGGCAGAUGAGUUGGGCCCAUAUUCACCUGGAUGAAGCAGAUGAAAGCAAUCGGUGCCUAUUGUCCUGGGACACAUUUCCUCUCCUAGUGCCUGGCAAGAAAACAAGUAACAUUGAUAUGCUCAAACUUGUGAUAGAAGGAAUUAGGAAGUUACCACAGGCCCAGGUGUAUGUGAUGGAAGAGAGACCAAUGCGUGGGAUCCAGCCAGCAUAUUUUCCCUUCCACCUUCAACUUAACCAACUGCAUGCAUUCCUCUUUGCCUUGCUCAAUAAGAACAUAGAGCAUCGAGGUGCACCAUCCCUGGUCUAUAUGAAACCAGUCCAUGUGUCAAAACUGUUUAACCUGCAAGUGGGCAAAGAGAGGGUUUCUGGGCAGUCCCUUUUAGAAGAUAUUGUUUCGAAGACAUGCACCUCUGCACAAACCCAGAUUGACCUUCUGCCACAUCUCUGGGACGAGUACAAGAUACGGGAACCAACUGAGAAAGAGCUGCUCUGCAUGUCAUUGUUUAAUGGUCACACUGUUGUUAGUGGUGUUAUUGAUCUGACCCAUGUUCAUCCCAACCAGGAAAGUGGGAGUGCUCUUCCCGUGGAAGUUGUGUCUCAAAGCUACUGCAGCAUACAUGGCCAGAAAGAUUCUGUUACUUAA